GUGGCACCAGGGUUGGAGGAGGAACCACCACCCAAAAUCCCCGCAUUAGCUUCCGUCAAGCAAAACCGGCAAGCACAAGAGCCGCCCUGAAUAGAAAGUACUCGAGACAUUUAAACAAACAAGUGCAGGCGAAUCUCACCCUUAGAGCCAUCUUGCCACCAAACCCACCAUUACCUGUGCAUUUUACCUUGGAUUAAUCAUAAAAGGUUAUCAGAUCACAACACAAGGGAUAUCCUCCUCCCUUUCAUACUAAUGUAACUGGCAAUCACCAUAGGGCGGAGGUAUGAAACAAUAAAUAUAUUAAACAAUUAUUACGAAAUAUAAAGGGUAAAUCGCCUUGACUUGAGUGUGAGGGCGCAGGGAACAUGGCUGCUGUGGUGAGGUCGCGGAUCUUCUUUUCCUGUGUUGUGCGCUUCUCCGACCGUGAAUCUAUUGCCUGAAUUGGCCAGCAAGCAGAUAAAUAUGGCUGACCCCGAAGAAUCUGCAGGAGCUGAUGAUGAUAUUGCUCUCGGUGACAUCACUGAGCAGACGAACACGUCCUGUAAUAGUGAUGCUCAGGAUCCAGAGGUUUUGCUUGAGUCAUUCCGCAAGGAAUGGCAGAGGGAACUGGAGGAGUGCGGGAGCAGAGGUCUUCAGCAGGCCUUGGCAAGGCCAUCUCCCACUGGAGGGCCUGCCAUAGGACCUCCAGUAAGAUCUCAAGUGGCACAGAAGCCCCCGAGACCACAGAAGCCUGCCACCCCAGUCCAUGGAAACUCUGGGCUCCUGCAAGGGACACUUAGCACAGAUGAAGGAGGAGGAGAAGGAGGAGGAGGGGAAGGAGGAGGAGGAGGAGGCAGUGGAGAGGUAGAGGGAAGUGAGGUCAGUGUUAGUGAGAAUAACAACAGCAGUGAAGUUGGUAACAAUUUGAGCAAUAGCAAUAUGGGAAACAGUCAUGACACAAGCAACAGCACUUUGAAUACUACUGAAGGUCCAAAAGAAGACACCAGGUCAGAUGUGGAGAUUAAGGCUACAGAACUGUUCAACAAAGCAGUUGAGCUUGAGCAGAGUGGAUGUUUGUAUGAAGCCAUCCAGUUCUACAGGCGAGCCAUGACGCUUGUGCCUGACAUAGAGUUUAGAGCACACCGCCACAACAUGCUGGAAAGGCCAGAGGGCAUCCGUUGCAUUUGCUCUGAGACUGAGGGAGAGGACACUGGUAAUGAAGAUGUUUUGGAUGAUGAGGACCUUCAGGAUCUCACUGCUCGCUUCCAGUUGCUCAUGGCUCCCGCACAGGCUAUGUGUUCCCCGCAGUUUGAGCAAGAGGCCGCGCACAUAUCAUGCCUGCCGCCAGAAAUGUUAGACCGCAUAAUGAGAUGGGUUGUUGGUAACGACUUGGACAUUCGCUCCCUGGAGCAAGUGUCUCGUGUGUGUCACGGAUUCUACCUUAUAGCUAGGAAUCCUGAGAUCUGGCACAAAGCUUGCGUCAAGAUCUGGGGAAUCAACACAGGCACCCCAGGAGUGUAUGGAUCUUGGAGGCAGAUGUUCAUACACAGGCCUCAUCCACGAUUCAACGGUUGUUACAUCUCCCGGACAACCUAUUUCCGUUGUGGUGCAAGCAACUUUCGGGAUGCAAACUAUCAGCCCUGGCAUGUGGUCCAGUACUAUCGAUAUGUGAGGUUCUUCCCUGAUGGGUUUGUGAGCAUGUUGACUACUCCAGAUGAACCAGUAUCUGUUGUCUCACACUUACGAACAAAAGAACCAAGGAACUUACAGGUUGUGAAAGGCGUGUACCGUUUCCAUGGACCAAAUGUAUCUCUUGUGUUGAGGCGUCAGUCUCGGGAGAUGCGUAACCGCAGAAAGGGCCGGAGGCAUCUGGGAGGAACUACUGAUGUUGCAGAAACCACCUUCCAGAUUGAGUUUGAAAUAAGACCCGUCAAACAGAGGCCUCAUUGGCAGCUUGUGUGGCGCAACUACACAAUAACAUCAACGUUCUACGAUGGUAAACAGAACACAUCUCAAAUCGAGGUCAAUGACACCAAUAAUUUUCCACCUUUAGCCUUCUCACGUGUGAAGAGCUAUACUAUGGAGAGUGAAAAGCCUCUCAUGUAAGGUGGAUUUAAGAAUUAUUGAAAAAGUUAGUUUUCCAUUCUUACAAGAUUCAUAUUAUCCUGAUGUAGAAAUUACAUAAAAUUAUGGGAUUUUAACCAGUAGGCAAUAAAAUAUAAUAGGCAAGAAAAUAUAAGAAUGAGGAUUUUUUUUGAGAAUAAAAUAUUUCUUAUUUUAAAAAGAAGAAUACUGAUUUUCAUUUUUUAAAAAAUGGCAUGUACACAUGCACAUACACACAAACACAUGCACACACACACGCAUGCACACACACACGCAUGCACACACACACACGCAUGCACACACACACACACACACACAGAGAUACAGAGGAUUUAUUUGAUUUUUAUUUUUGAAUGUUGAUAAAAGAAAACAGAUGUAGAGGGAUUAGAUAAUGAAAUCAAGAGCAGAGAAAAACUAAGUAGGAAUUAGUAAAUGAAUAAGUGAGUGCGUGUGUAUGUACGUUUGUUUAUGCUUGCGCUUCUAGGGGAGGGGACACACGAACAUGUAUGUACGCAAAUCAUAGACAAGGAAAGAACGUGAAAUUGAGUCAGAUAUGUAGGAAGGUUGGUCUGUAAUUAGAAGAGCACUGGAUACUAUAGAGUCUGAAGAAGGGUUUAUUUGCAAUAAGUGGGGUUUUGAGGACAGUCUUCAUCUUAUUUUUAUGAAUGAAUAAAAUGGUGAAUGCGUAAGAGAGAGAGAAAGAGUGAGAGUAAGUCAAUCAAAGUUUGUCAGUAUUCCUCUGUAUUAACUCAUUUUCACACUACAUGUCCCAAAACCCAUAAAGAGGAAUUAAGGUUUACUUAAAUCGUAAAAGUUCACAUUAUUGUAUCUCUCGUUGUUUCUGUGAUUUAAGCCAUAUGUUGAGGGAAAAGAGAAAAAAAUUUGUUGAUUUGUUAUGAUUUGCUGAAAAUAAUUUUUUUUGCAAGUUUAGAUUUUUAUUCUGCAAAUAUAGAAAAUCAACAUUUAUCUGGAAUGUUAUUUUGUACCAUUGGGAAAAAGUAAUUUUUCUUUUAUAGUAGAUUUAAUUGCCUGCUAUUGUAAGUUGGAUUCUGAGUAUGAAUUUUAUAUAGGUAUUUCUGUUGUAUCCCCAAGAAGAAGAAAAGUCAGUAGUAAUGCUGAUUUAGUUAUGAUGGAGCAUAACAUUUUAUAUGUAAUAGAAUGGGCAAUUCUGUUUUCCCCCAUCUUUUUUGCAUUCUCUUUUUUUUCCUCUUCUUGAUUUGCUGUUGUUUAACAGCCAAGGCUCAAGCUGUCCUUUGAUUCUCAAAAUUAAGUAGAUCUCAGACUUGAUGAUUUAGCAACACGUGCAAGCCAUACUUUAUUUGACAGCAUCAAUUAGCCUUUGCUCUCCUUCACAUUAUUAAGGUUAACGGUUGUACAGAAAUCUCCUUCUGUUACUCUGUAACCCCUGUAAUGUUUCUGUAAUCAACACUUCUAUGGUUAAUGAAUUGCAAGUGAUUGUAGGUCUCACUGACUGUGAACUGGUACAAAUUAAUGUGCAGCAUUUCAUUUGCCAUGGUUGAAGUUUGUGUGCAUCUUUUGUUACUGUGUGAAGUUGAUGUUGUUGAUGAACUCUUCAUAUAACAAUAGUAACCCAGUAAACUUAAGAUUUUUGUAGUAUGUGUAGUAUCAGCCACAAAGUAAUGAUGUCAUCAGUAGAUUAAUGGUGGGGUUUUUAUUUAGGCACUGUACUUGUUUCCUUCCCUUUGCAUCCCCUUUCUUGUUCACUUGAAGCAGCAAAAAAGAAAAAAUGGAAAUGUCGGGACUUUAAAAGUAUUUCAUUUUCUUAUAUCUUUCCUUGUCUUUUUUUCUUUUUCUUUUUUCAUUGCUUCUUCCUAACCACUCCUUCUUUGGAAGAAACUUUACACUGAAUACAAUGCUUAAUAACAGAGUGAGAUGAAGAGUCAGUCAAGUUUUCAUAUAUUCCCCACACAAUUUUGUAUUUUGCUGCACAAGCUUACUAUGAACA